AUGGUUGAAGAAUUGACAGGCAGCAAAACAGAUCCGUCUAGUUUACUAGCAGACAAUGAUUCUACAGCUUCAGAUAUUACCACAUCUACAACACUUCAUUAUACCAUAACAUACAGUCCUAAUGUAACAUCUACUACAGAUUCUGAUAUGCCGUCUUCCAGUAAAAAUUUGGCGAUUGGAUUUUCAAUAUCUGUCAUAUUGAUUUGUGUAUUUUGUUUGAUAUUAUUAUAUUAUUUAUAUAAGAAACGACGUUUACAUCUAUUACCAUGUUUAAAGAAUUGGUCUCCGAGAAAAAGUUCUGGUUCAGUGUCUAGAAGACCUUUACAGCAGGACGAUGAUACUGGGUCUGUGGACGCUCCAGAGACAAUUCAGGAUAGAAAAAUGGACGAUCUUCAACAAGAUCUGUUUACAAUAGGUGAUGUUGAAGAUGACAAUCAGAAUAAAGACAAUAAUGACGAUGGAUUUUUUAUGGACGAAGUGUAUGGACGUUCUGAAUUUCAGGAUAAAGCUACCAAAAUGUCCAAUAAAAAUUUAUACAGUAUAACAUCAGAUGAGGACGAUUCUUCCCUACUUGAUGAUGAUUUGCCAGAUUUGAGCUUUCGAUGA